AUGGUGAUGUCUGAUCCUGAUUAUCGCCGCCGACUCGCUGAGUUGGAGGAGGGUCUAAAGAAUCCAAAUUCUGCCAUACAUGUAGAUGGACUGUUAGAUGGAAUUACAGCCUUUGUCACUGAUUUAGACCACCCAGCAAUAAAAAGAAUUAAGAAUGUGGAGCAUUUUUUAGAGCGAUAUGCAAGGAGUGUAGAGCUAAUAAAGAACAAUCGCAUGAAAGCAGCAGACUUUGAUGUGGUCAAAGUUAUCGGCAGAGGAGCAUUUGGGGAAGUACAGCUAGUACGACAUAAAGCAACAAAGGCUGUCUUUGCCAUGAAACUCCUUAGCAAGUAUGAAAUGUUGAAAAGAUCUGAUUCUGCAUAUUACUGGGAAGAGAGAGAGAUUAUGGCUAAUGCCAACAGUGAGUGGAUCGUUCAGUUGCACUUUGCAUUCCAAAAUAGCAAGUUUCUCUACAUGGUUAUGGACUACAUGCCUGGUGGAGACCUUGUGAACCUGAUGAGCAAUUAUGAUGUGCCUGAGAAGUGGGCCAAAUUUUACUGUGCAGAAGUUGUGCUGGCUCUUAAUGCCAUCCACUCCAUGGGAUUUGUACAUAGGGAUGUCAAGCCAGAUAAUAUGUUGCUGGAUGCAACUGGUCAUCUCAAGCUGACAGAUUUUGGGACCUGUAUGAGGAUGGACAAGGAUGGACUGGUUCACUCCGACACAGCAGUUGGGACACCUGAUUAUAUAUCCCCUGAAGUACUCAAGUCCCAAGGUGGUGAGGGGUGUUACGGCCGAGAGUGUGACUGGUGGUCAGUAGGAGUCUUCCUGUUUGAGAUGCUUGUUGGUGACACUCCAUUUUAUGCAGACUCCCUGGUGGGAACCUAUGGCAAAAUCAUGGAUCACAAACGCUCCCUGAAUUUCCCAACAGACAUAGAAAUGUCAGACAAAGCAAAAGAUCUUAUAUGUGCCUUUCUUACAGAUAGAACAGAGAGAUUAGGGAGAAAUGGCGUUGAAGAGAUUAAGCGGCAUCCAUUUUUCAGAAAUGAUACGUGGACCUGGGAAAACAUUCGCCAGACUGUACCUCCAGUAGUGCCUGAACUGUCUAGCGAUGUGGACACAAGUAAUUUUGACGAAAUCGAAAAAGACGAGGCUCCAGAAGAAACGUUCCAGUCUCCUAAAGCUUUUGCUGGCAAUCACCUGCCUUUUAUCGGUUUUACAUACAGCAGAGAAUGCGGCAGAUUAGAGGAAGAAAUCAGACUGUUAAAAGAAGAAAGCAGAAACUUAAGAGCGAGCAAGGAAGAAUUGGAUAAAAAAUGCCAGCUGAAAACUGAAGAACUGGACCGCCUCUCACAGGAGUAUUCAAUGCUGAAGCUGGAGAGUGUGGAAUAUGAACGAAACAUUGUGUACGCAAAGCAUGAUUUGAAAGAGACACAGAGAAAGUUGGAAGUAGAAGCAGACAACAGAAAGAAGGCUGAGAUUAUGCUGAAGGAGAAAGAAAAGCAGCUUGAGUAUGAGUUCAGUACCAGACAACAAAUUACAGACAACACAGUUCACUCCAAAGAGAAAAUCUCAAAUCUGGAGAAAAUGGUGAAUGAUUUAAAGGAGAAACUGAGGCAGGAAAUGGAGUCGAGCAAUAAACAAAAGAAGCUGUACACAGAGCUUCAGCAGCAGCUACAGUCAUCCAAGCAAUCCCUGCUGAAAGAUAACUAUGCACUUCAGUCUUCCCUUGACGCAGAGAGAAAUGCUAGGUUGACAGAGUCUUCCAGAGCUCAAGAAUUAGCAGACAGACUACAGGCCUUGUAUAAUGGGCAAGAAGAAUUCCAGAAGAAGGAGCGGUCCUACAUCCAAGAUAUCCAGCACAUGCAGUCAAAGUUGUACCAGUUAGAGAAGAAUUUGUCAAGUAUAGAACUUGAACGUGAUAGUUUCAAGACCAAAUGGGAGGCAGAAAAACAAGCACAUAAAGAGACUGUAGAAGAAUAUAUGGCGAACAAAUCACGGGAGAUCAUUACUGGCAGUGCCAACUCAGAUGCUGUUAGAGAGCUCCAGAUAAAACUAGACCAGGAAAAGGUUUUGAGACAAAAGCUGGAUGCAAAGUUGUUGGAGGCGGAAAAGAGGAACAGUGAACUCUCAGUUGAUGUAGCACAGCUAACACAGAGUAACCAGUCCUUGAAAGCAGAACUCAAAAUGGAGAUCGAUAAGAACAAGAACAUAUCCCUCCAAGUUGAACAAGAAGGGCAGAGGAGAAAUCUUCUUAAUACUGACAUCAAGAAUCUACAGCAGGAGCUGCAACGUAUGAAGACUAAAGAGAAACAACAGGCAAAGGAAAUUGAAGAUAUGAAGGAAGAAAAGAAAAGAAUUGAUGAGGAGAUCAAGAAAUUGAAGGAGGAGGGAUCAGUCAGUGAAAUGCAGAUAACAGAGCUGACUGAACAGUUGGAAGCAGAAACAUAUUUCUCUUCGCUGUAUAAGACUCAGGUGAAAGAGCUGAAAGAGGAAGUGGAUGAGAAAAAUAAACAGAUUCAGGAUCUGACCUCUGAUAUUCAGAACAUGUUGCAAGAAAAAGACUCCAUGGGAGCCCAGCUUCAGUUGGCACUUGCUAAAGCUGACAGCGAGCAGCUGGCCAGGCAGAUUGCAGAAGAGCAGCUCUCUGAUGUUGAGAAGGAAAAGACCAUGUUGGAUUUAGAGAUCAAAGAGUUCAUGUCUCGACACAAAAGUGAAAUGAACAAAAAGGAGUCAACAAUAGCUGCGCUGGAGAAGAUGAAAUUCACAUAUGAGUCAGAUUUAGACAGACUGGUCCAGGAGAAGAAUGAAAUCAACAAGCAGAUCAAGGCAAUGUCAGAAGACAUGGCAAAGAAACCUGACAACAAUGAAAUAGAGAAAUUGAAGAAGCAACUUGAGGAUGAGAAACUGAAGAAGAUACAGGCUGUGAACAAGCUGGCAGAGAUCAUGAACAAAAGGGUGUUUGCUGAUCGACAUGGAGGCAAGAAUAAAUCCGCCGAAGCUGAAUUGAAACGCAAAGAGAAAGAAAACAGAAAGCUUCAGCAAGAACUCACAAUGGAGAGGGAGAAGUACAACAAAAUGAUUGAGAAGAUGCAGCGGGAUGUUCUGGAAGCCCAGCAGUCUGUAUACGAAGAAAGCCAAGCCCGACAGAGGUUACAGAUGGAGAUCGAUGCCAAGGACUCGGAAAUGGAGCAGCUGAGACAGAAGUUGUCUUUAAGCACCUCCGACUCCAUGUCAAUAUACAGUGGCAACAAUGAAGACAGCAUUGUCAGUAGCUCAGAAGAUUCUGCAAACACGUACAUGGAAGGUUGGCUGGCAGUUCCGAAUCGCAACAACAUUAAAAAGUACGGCUGGAAGAAGCAGUUUGUGGUUGUCAGCAGCAGGAAGGUUCUCUUCUAUGCCUCUGAAAAUGAAAAGCAGAACACAGACCCUAUCAUGGUGCUGGACAUAGACAAACUCUUUCAUGUACGUCCAGUUUCACAAGGAGAUGUGUACAGAGCUGAUGCUAAAGAUAUUCCUAGGAUAUUUCAGAUUCUUUAUGCCAGUGAGGGAGAAAAUCGCAAACCGGAGGAUGGAGCACAGGAAGCCGUUAGUUCUGCUGUUGAUCGUACUGCUUCAAUAAUUUACAAAGGUCAUGACUUCACACCAUUCACCUUUCGUACGCCGACAUCAUGUGACUCCUGCCACAAGCCUGUAUGGCACGUCAUUCAUCCUCCUCCUGCACUGGAAUGCAAGC